GGGAUGAAUGGGCUGGUGGGUGGUGGGCCAGAUCUGAAAGAAAAGAACCCCUGUCAGAGCUACUAACUCUACUAUCACUACAACGCCGUUGACGGAGGAUGUAUUGAUAUAUUUCGACCUCGCUGCUUUUUUCAUCCCUCGGUUUCUCAACCAUUAUUCUAUCUUCUUCAGUCUGUCUGGCCACUCUGCCUCUUUUUCUUUUUGGUCAAUAUCAUUUUGAUACAGCCUCCCCCCCCCCCCACCCCCUUUUCCUUCAGUUCCCUUCAUCUUACCUCACCACCACAAUGACCACCACCACACUCCAAGAAGAAACCCUCACCGCCGCCUCCCUGGCAGGCGGCGAUGUCCCCCCCACCGUCUCCCCAACCCAACCACCAACCUCGGACCCAUCAACCUACAAAUUCCUCAAGGCCAUGCUCCCCCACCUCCCCUUGCUCCUCCGCACCGCCGUCCUCCACCUCCUCCGCCUCUCCCCCCAGUCCCCCUACCUAAACCUCAAAACCGCCCUCAUCGUCAGCGUCCUCCGCGCCUACAUCAACCCCCCCAACCCAAAGACCAUCUCCGAAACCAAACACUUCCUCAACCGCUUCCCCAGCAUCAAAGGCAAGAUCUGGGUCGCCACCUACUCCAUCCCAACCCCCACCCCAGAAACCCAAACCGCCAUCCAAUCCCUCUUUUCCAGCGCCAUCACCGCCCUCUCCCACGAUGGAAAAACUCGUCUGCCGUCAAUGCCCGAGGUGAGGAGUGUGGAAGGUGAAUGGACGGGCUACCGCGCCAACGCCACUUCCUCCAGCCGUCUCCCGGAGGGUUUGUCGCAGGGGGAGCUGUACAGCGAAAUGAUGAAGGAAGCAACCGGCAAGUCAACAAUCCUCUACUUCCACGGCGGCGCCUACUGGCUCAUGGACCCAGCCACUCACCGCCCCACAACAAAAACACUGGCCAAAGUCACCGGGGGGAGGUGCUUCAGCGUGCGGUACCGUCUCGCGCCAGAGGACCCGUUUCCGGCGGCGGUGAUGGACGGGUUGGUGGCUUACCUGGGGCUUCUAUACCCGGAAGAGGGGGCUUUUCACGCUGCUGUUCCGGCGGAGGAGAUUGUUUUUGCGGGUGAUAGUGCUGGUGGCAACCUCUGCUUGUCGCUAUUGCAGCUCAUCCUCCACCUUCACAGAUCAGGCCGGAAGGAAGUGAUGUACAACGGCAGAACAGUCGACAUCCCAAUCCCGGCAGGCCUGGCGUUGAACUCCCCCUGGACAGACGUCACCCACUCCUCCCCGUCUUGUGUGUCAAACGCACCGUUUGAUUACCUACCCGAACCAUCUGUUCUCCACUCUGCAGAAUCCAAACGCCCUGCUUGCUCCAUCUGGCCUUCUACCCCCAAACGUCGCCACAUUUAUGUCUCUGACGAAUUGAUGACCCACCCGCUGGUGUCGGUGGUUCUGGCAAAGAGCUGGGAGGGAGCGCCGCCGGUUUACAUCUGUACAGGCUGGGAGCUGCUCGCGGAUGAGGAUAAGUAUCUCGCGAAAAAGAUGUGGGAAGAGGACGGGGUGAGGGUUAGGUUGGAGGAGUACGAGGGCAUGCCGCACUGUUUUGGGUUGAUUUUCCCGGGCUUGAAGGAGGCGAGGAGGUGUUUUUCGGGGUGGGGGGGGUUUAUCAAGGAGGUUGUUGAGGGAAGUGGGGAGAGGGGGAGUAGGUUCUUGACUGUUAGGGCGGGGACGCUGGAGGAGGUGGAGAGAAAGGGGGAGGAGAUUAGUCGGAUGAGGGGGGAUGUGGUCAGGAGGAGGAUGGAGGGGAUGUUGAGGGGAGGGCCGGAGGCGGUUGCGAAGUUGUGAGAGGGGGUUUGAUGAUCUGGGAGUUUUGGAAAAGGGAAAGCGGGCGUUUUGGUUUGGGGGUUGGGGAUUGGGGAUUUUUUGACGUACAUGGAAGGAGAAAAAAAUUACAUACCUGAAUUAUAAUAAUGUAUAAUCCGAUAGCUCCUAGUUGGCAGAUAUCUUGGUGUCUUUUCAUCCUGGCUGGUGGCUUGAAUCUGUACUGACACAUCCAAGCCAGUUCAGGUUUACUCUGUUGGCUAGCUGGAAAGUGCCAGCAACCAGUCAACCAGGCUAACCAUCUCUACAUUCACCCGCUCUCUCUCU